CGCGGCCGCGUCGUUCGCGCGCCGCCGCCGUCGUCGUCGUCGUCGUCGAGGUGAAUCGUGGUCCCGCGGCGCGCGCGCGACCGACCGAUCGACCGAUCGCGCUCCCGACGCCGCCCGCCGACGUCGAACCGCCGACAUCGGCCGGCGCGAACGCUCUCAUCAGCGUCGGUGAGUCGUCGUCGGUCAUCAUGGACAAGUACGCGCGCGUAAAGACGCUCGGGAAGGGCUCGUUCGGGGCUGCGAUCCUCGUGACAUCGCGCGCCGAUCCGUCUGAAAAAUUCGUCGUCAAGGAGGUGGACGUGUCGCGGAUGCCGCGAGACGAGCGCGAGGCGGCGCGGCUGGAGGCGCAGCUCCUCGCGGCGCUGCACCACCCGAACAUCGUGACGUGCCACGAGUCGUUCACGGACCGCGGCAAGCUGUGCAUCGUCAUGGAUUACUGCGAGCGAGGCGACCUCUACCAGCUCCUCAAGGCGCAGCGCGGCGCGCCGCUGCCCGAGCGCCGCGUCGUGGACAUGUUCACGCAGCUGCUCCUCGGGCUGAAACACGUCCACGACCGCAAGGUGCUUCACAGGGAUCUGAAGACGCAAAACGUCUUCGUCGCCGCGGACGGGACGCUGCGACUGGGGGACUUUGGCGUGAGCAAGGUGCUGUCGUGCACGACCGCGCUCGCGUCCACCGCGGUGGGGACGCCGUACUAUCUGUCCCCGGAGAUUUGCGAGAACAAGCCGUACGACCACAAGAGCGACGUGUGGAGUUUAGGAUGCGUCCUCUACGAGAUGCUCACGCUGACGCAUCCGUUUGAAGGCGCGUCGCUGAAGCUUCUCAUCCUCAAGAUCAUCCGCGGGAAGUACCCGCCGGUGAGCGCGCGGUACGGCAAGGCGCUCAGGGACGUCCUGGACGCGAUGUUGUCGAAGAACCCCGCGAAGAGACCGGGGGUGAACGACAUCCUUAAAAAAGCGCCGUUUAAGGACGCGGCGAAGAGGCUCUUGGAGAAAAAGACGCACGAGGAUGAGUUUUCGCACACGGUGAUCCACGCGCCGAGGCGAGGCGCGGGCGGCGCCGGGGCCGGCGGCGGGAUGCGCGCGCUGCAGAGGGACGGGCGGCUGAGUCCGCCGCGGCGACGGGAGGAGGAGGCGAAGGCGUCGAAAGACCCGUCUCCGCCCUCGGCGUUUGCGGCGCCCGCGGCGUUUGCGGCGGCGGCGGCGGCGCGUCGGAAGCCGCCGCCGGCGGCUGUCUCGCCGCCGGUCAUCGCCGUCGUGGGACAGCCCGCGCCGGUCAAGCGAUCGAGUCCACCGAGAAGAGCGGCGCCGAUCGACGUCCUCGCCGAACGCAGAGCCGCGAGAGCCGCGGAGGAGGCGGCGAGACGACGGAGAGAGGCGGAUGAGAUUCGAGCGAAACGGCUCGCGGAGGCGGAGGAGCGCAGACGCCGUCUGGAAGCUCGAGAGAAGCGCGAGGUCGCCGCGCGCGUCGCCGCGGAAGAGAAGCGCGCGCAGGAGCGCCUUCGCGCGGAGAAGGCGCGCGCGGAAGCGCGCGAGGAGGCGCGAAGAGAGUUUAAGCAACGCCAGGCUGAGGCGCGCGCGAACGCCGCCGCCGUCGCGCGGUCCGAGCGCGGAAGCCUCGACCCGGAGGCGCCCGCGUGCGAAAUUUACGUCAAGGAGUCGCCGCUGAUUCAGCAGAUGCGCGACGCGCAGCGCAAGCAUCUCGAGCGCGCGCGCAAGCAGGAGGAGAGGCGGGCGCGGACGCCGCCGGCGGCGCAGCCGCGGGCGCUCCCGGGCGCGGGAGGAGGACCGGGACCGGGACAAGGACCGGGAUCGAACGCGAACGCGAACGCCCACGCGAACGCCGGAGGUGAUGCCGCGCGCCCCGAAUGGAAUUUCGGCGAGAUCGCGCUCCCGCCGCCGGAUCCCCGGAUCCCUCGCGGCGUCGCGAGCGCGAUGUACCGAGACGUCGGCACCGCGGAGCGCCGCGCGGUGUUUCUCGAGAACCGCGCCGCGGCGGAGCGAAACCGAAUGCGCGCGGAGCGUGAAGCGCGAGGCGAGCCGCCCGUCGAGGACGUCGUCGACGAGGCGGCGACGGCGCGACGCCUUCCGCCGCCGCGUCCGUCUAAGGAGGAGGCGCGGAGGAAGGCGUUCUGGGACGGCCGCCGCGCCGCGGAGCGCAACCGCCGCCGCGCGGAGGAAAACGAAAACGAGCGGUCCACGGAGGGACACGUCAGCGUUAUCGAACGACACGUCAGCGCUGACGCGUAUCUGGGCGCGUCGACGGCGACGCCGGAGGACAUCGCGGCCGCGGCGGGCGUCGUCGGGCCGAGAGACGACGACGACGCGGAGAGAAGGCUUCGGAUGAUGACGCCGUCGACGCCGCCGCCGCCGCCGGAGCGCGGCGGCGGCGGCGGCGGCGACGCCCCGGCGGCUCUGGAGCGCUCGCUCGACGCCUCGAGCGCGUUCUUUCCCCCGGACUCCCCGCCGUCGACGGUCUUCGCGGAGGGCGGCGACGUUGUCGUUCACGACGUUGACGACGCCGCGACGGUUGACGUUCCGUCUUCCGCGUCGUUGCCCUCGCGGAUCGAACACCUGCGCGCGCAUUUGCAAGACGUCCUCGGAGAGAGUAAAUUCGUUCGCGCGUACCGAGCCUUGGACGAACUCGACGAAAGCCAGGAAGAAACGGAGACCGUGGAGACGUUACUUCACGUCAUGGGCGCGGAUAUAAACUACCUCAGUCUGAUACAUCAGCUCCUCGUGUGCGAGGACUCGCUGCACGCGGCGAACGCGGAGGAGGCGUGUUGAGUAGUGGAGUCCGGUAGAGCUGGCCGACGACUUACGCUAAGGUAAACCUUAAUUAAGAUGGAAGACUCGCUCUUUC